ACAAGCACUGACUUGCUUCAGUCGAGAUAUCUCAGUCAAUUCUCCACAGACUGCAUAGAAACAGCGGGUGGAAAACCCAGAUUGCAUUUCUUCUUCUGCCGCCUGUUUGGAUCUCCAACCAUGUGGUUCUAUGAUGUUUUCCUGAGUUUGGACGUCAAGGGGAUUCUUUUGUUUAUGUUUUCCUUCCUUUUGAUAGCCGACUUCAUUAGGAACCGGACACCAGCAAACUUUCCUCCAGGACCGAAGGCUCUCCCCUUUGUGGGGAACAUCUUAAGUUUGGACACCAAAUACCCUCAUGUUUAUUUCAGCAAGUUGGCUGACAUCUACGGGAACGUCUUCAGCUUUCGCCUCGGCCGGCAGCCCGUGGUGAUUGUGAGCGGCCACAAGAUGGUGAAAGAGGCCAUCGUGGCACAAGCCGAGAACUUUGUGGAUCGGCCGUUUAAUGCAAUCUCUGACAGGUUUUACACUGAGCCCUCAGGUGGUAUUUUUUUAAGCAAUGGAGAGAUAUGGAAGAAACAGAGACGUUUUGCUUUAUCUACUUUACGCACAUUUGGCCUGGGCAAAAACACACUGGAGCUCAGCAUCUGUGAGGAGAUCCGACACCUGCAGGAGGAAAUAGAGAGUGAGAAAGGUAAACCUUUCAGCCCAGCAGGCCUCUUUAACAAUGCCGUCUCCAACAUUAUUUGCCAACUUGUCAUGGGAAAGAGAUUUGACUAUAGUGACCACGAGUUUCAGACAAUGCUAGAGUGCAUGUCCGAAGGGCUUAUGCUGGAAGGAAACAUAUGGGGUCAGCUUUAUGACGCAUUUCCUCAAGUGAUGAAAUACCUGCCAGGUCCUCACAACAAAAUCUUUAGCAAUUAUAACGCAGUAAAAGACAUGCUUCUUGAGGAAAUACAAAAGCACAAGAAGGAUCUGGAUCCCAGCAACCCCAGAGACUACAUCGACACUUUCCUCAUUGAAAUGGAGAACCACAAAGACUCCCUGGGCUUCACCGAGGGCAAUCUGGCUUUCUGCGCUUUUGACCUCUUCAUUGCAGGAACAGAAACAACAGCCACCACGUUGCUUUGGGCUUUGCUUUACCUAACAAAAUACCCUGAAGUUCAAGAGAAAGUCCAGGCAGAGAUUGACAGAGUGAUCGGACAGAGUCGCCAACCCUCCAUGGCCGACAGACAGAACCUGCCGUACACUGAUGCUGUGAUCCAUGAGAUCCAGAGGAUGGGAAACAUUGUUCCUCUGAAUGCACUCAGGGUCGCUGCCAAGGAUACAACUCUGGGUGGCUACUUCAUUCCAAAGGGAACAUCUGUGAUGCCCAUGCUGACAUCUGUACUGUUUGACAAAUCUGAAUGGGAAACUCCAGACACCUUCAACCCCGGACACUUCCUGGAUAGCAAUGGGAAGUUUGUGAAGAGAGAAGCAUUCCUCCCGUUCUCUGCAGGGAAACGUGUGUGUCUUGGUGAAGGCCUCGCUAAGAUGGAGCUGUUCCUGUUCUUUGUUGGCUUACUGCAGAAGUUCACUUUCUCUGUUCCUGACGGAGUUGAGCUGAGCACUGAAGGAAUCACUGGAACGACACGAGUGCCUCAUCCCUACAAGGUGUCUGCGAAGGUCCGCUGAGCUGAGGAUUUUCACCAGACCUGGUUUCUGCUCGUCAGAGGACUGACCAUAAUGAUUCUGGCAUAUCUGCUUGUUAAGAAAGCAUGUUGAGUGAGGUUCGAAUUAAUCACCAUUAACAACAUUAUACUUUGCCCUGACUCCAAAUAGGAGAGAGCAAGAAUUUGUCUUAAACAACAGUGUCUCCCUAAAAAUAAAUCUGAAACUGAAAAAA